AUGAAGAGCUUCAGCAUAGUUGCAUGCCUUCUUGUAGCGCUGGUCUCAUUUCCACCGGUGAUUCAUGGACAAACAUGUCCGCCAAGUGGUAGCAUAACGGGAAAAGAACCUCCUCCUGGAGAAUGCAACACACAAAACGACUCUGAUUGUUGUGUCGAAGACCAGGUCUAUACCACCUACACAUGUUCACCAGCUAGCAGACAGGCAACACUAACUUUAAACAGUUUCGAAGAGGGAGGUGAUGGAGGUAGCGAAUCAGCAUGUGACAACCAAUACCAUUCUGACGACACACCAAUUGUAGCAUUAUCAACAGGAUGGUUCAAUGAAAAUGAUAGGUGUAAGAAGUUCAUCACGAUCAAUGGUAAUGGACGAAGUGUAGAAGCCAUGGUUGUAGAUGAGUGCGACUCUGCAAUGGGUUGUGAUGAAGAGCAUGCCUAUCAGCCACCAUGCCGUAAUAACAUUGUUGAUGCCUCUAAAGCUGUUUGGGAAGCAUUGGGCGUAUCAGAAGACAAUUGGGGAGAGUUAGAUAUCUCCUGGUCAGAUGCAUAA